AUGUCCUGCUCAGAGGACACUGCACGCGUCCUUCUACAAAUGCAUGCUGAUAAAACCUACCUUGCCGAGGAGAUUGCAAAGGGCACGGAAGCCCUGAAGACUGAGAUUCAGGCGGUCGGCAAUCGCAUGGCGGAUUUGGAGGCUCAGGUGGAGCGUGUGGUAAAGGCCUAUAAUGCCAUGGUUGAUUCCUCUGACGAUCUUCGGGCUGUGGAGGGUCUGUUGGAAGACUUAUCCAACAGAUCCCAGGGAUUCAAUGUGCGGGUGCGGUGCUUACCUGAGGCGUCGGGCUUACUGCUCAAAAUGUUCCAUCACCUGUUGCCGGACAUCCCGGAGGGCAAAUGGGCUAUCGAGCACGCACACAGGGAGCUGAAAGCGAGAGGAGCCCAGGGUAAUGCUCCACGCAACGUCAUAGCCCGGGGUCGGAGGCCGCUUACGCCAGGAAGUGGCUGCAGGUGUUCCAGGACUUGGCUCCCUCCGCACUGCAGAAGAGAUGCAUGUGGAAGCCAAUUGCUGAUGUCCUGCGGACAAAGGAGAUCCAGUUUGCCUGGUGGCACCCGUUCAAGUUGCUAGCCUUCCGAGGAUCGAGGAUGGUGGUGCUGCAGCCAGGUGGAGACAUUGCUGCAUUCUGGAGGGCUCUUGACACUGAGGAUCCAGGUCUGGAAAUCCCACAGCUGAUGCUGACCUUCACCCUUCCAAGAUUGCCCAGAGUGUGGGUGAGUGGCGCGGAUGGCGAUGGGGAAGAGACGAGAUCGACUGGAGACCGGCAAGGGCAUCGCAAGCUGUAA